AUGUUCGUCAUCGCCCAGACCGCUCCCGCGCUCUCCGCGCGCCGCACCCGGGCGCCCCUCCGCUCCAGGCGGUCCCCCGCGGCUCGCCCCGUCCGAGCCCUUCAGCAGAUCAUCCGAGCCCAAAAUGUCCAAGAUGAUUUCUCCGACUCGAGGCGAGCGGUGCUGCUCUCCGGAACCGCCCUCGCGGCCAACCUGUGCAUGCCCGAGUUCUGGAUGCCCCCCGCGAACGCCAAGAAGAUCAUCUCCGGCUCCAACCCCGCUGCCCCGGGCGUCACCUGCGCCUUCCUCUCGCACGGUAAGUUCCCCACGCAGACCGUCGCGACCGCAUCGAAUAUUCCCCUCACCGAUCGCUCUUCCUUCCUCUCCUCAGGUACCCCCGACUUUGACGCGUGGUACAAGGUCUACGAAGGCGCCAUGAACAACUUGACCGGCGACAUGGCGAGCAUCUUCCGCGCGGUCUGCGCCAAGGGCGCCGACGGCGGCGUCAACGCCGUGAUCGUCUUCCCCUCGGAGUACACCAAGGGCAUCCAGGCAUUCUACGACCAAAAGAAGAACCCCCUGUGGGAGGGCGGCCGCAAAGACGGCUGGCUCACCGGCGACUUCCAGCAGGUGUACUUCACCCCGACCGCGUUCAGGGGCGCCGUGGAGGGUCCCCCGCCCCCCGGCAAGGGCAACGGCGUGACCCUCUGCGCCAGCGGCCUCUCUGCUCCUUACGACGAGUGGUUCGCGGAGUUCACCUCCCCGGAGUCGGACCAGAUCCACGACAAGUACGGCGUCAUCGCGUCCGUCGCCGGUAAGGUCCAGCCCGGGUCCACGGGCUUCGGAAAGUCCGGCGGGGCCGCCGUGUACCACCAGCACAAGACGCCGAAGCAGGCGACUGACUUUGGCAAAUUCAUCGGCGCGUUUCUCACCGGCCCGGACGCGCCGCCCAGCCUCGACAUCUCCAAGGGAUUCUACUUCAACUACGGCGGAAUCGUCGCCGACGUCGUCUACCCCGAUAAGAUUCCCAAGGCGUGA